GGUCAUGAGACUAGUGUGUAUAUUAUAUAUGGCGUUAAUGAGCUCCAUCCUGUAUUCGAGGCUUACGUGAAAAUAUCACAUAGAAAGAAAUACAUAAUACAGUCGCACGCACGUCCAGAGCCCGUUUGCGGUGGUCACAUCCAUCCAAAAAAAGGUUCACCAUUCAUCGUACAACACCUCUACCACUUUUUUUUAUUAUAUUGUUUGUCUCUAAGUCGUGGUAACUCACCCCUGCGCGUUUUGUGCUCGUGUGUCUACAAAAUAAAAACCGAGAAGGCUACGAUAACGAUCUGGGCAUUGUGAUUUCUUUGAACGUUCAGUGAUCCGUUUUGUGUCUAGACGUAUUGCUUAUAUUAAUUACCUAUGUUCUCCAUUUUCCUUUACCUUUUCAGCUAUCUCGUAUUUGGAAUAUAAUGUUCAAUCAAGGUGUUCCUUCGUAAUAUCGAAUCCUCGUAAAGUCCACCGGAAAUGUAUAGGUGGUAUACGCGGGGUAGGAGAAAAUCUUACGACUAGAAGCCAAAAAUAAUAAUUCGAGAGUGCGUUGUGAGUUCUGUGAAGUUUCUUCUUUAAUUAUUAUUAUAAUUAUUAUUAUUAUUAUUGUUUUGAUUUAUAACGAGUGUUGUGUGUUGGUGCAUUUGGUGCUUGCCUAUAUUGGGAUUAUUCGACACUGGAAUGAUGACCAUUCGGAUAAGGUGAAUAAUAUUAGAUGCAUCACCGAUCUGCGAGUAUAAGCACUCAAAGAGUGUGGGCAUUCAUGGCUCUUGCGCUCGUGCUGCAGAUGGUUUCCGGGAGUCCGGCGCAACGGAUGUCGCCGCUUCUCUCUCAUCACCUAAGCAAAAGGGGCGGCUUUCUAGACCUCCAAUGCAAGGGCGUCUACGAAAGCAGCAUAUUCGCAAAGCUGGACCGCAUCUGCGAGGACUGCUACAACUUAUUCAGGGAACCCAAACUACAAGGAUUGUGCAAGAAUAACUGUUUCACGACAAAUAUUUUCAAAGGGUGCCUGGAAUCGCUGCAGCUCAACGACGAAAUGGAACAAGUCCAGACGUGGAUAAAGCAAUUGCACGGGGCCGAACCCGGGUUCUAGGUCGGACUGCUUCUCCUCCGACUAUUUUAAAGGCUGCUUGGAGGCUCUGCUGCUUAACGAAGAAAUGGAUAAAUUCGCCA